GAUCAAGGUCUCCGAUUCUCAUUGCUCCGUACAUUUUCUCAUGGUUGUAUCAAAGAUCUGAAAAUUCGCUACCGCUUCCUCGCGUCGCCCAGUCCUCUCCGUGCGCACGUUUUCUACGUGCCUUGAAUACGUCGCUCGAAACCAAUAUUAUUCUCGUUGGAAAUGGCUUCAACUACUCCAACGAUUUCAGUGGAGCGUAUCUCCAUCCCAAGAGCCCUUCCGGCGUUCAUGCACAGCCUCUUCGGACUUCCGAACGACCCCGCAUCUCUGUACCUCUCCGUGGACUCAGACAGCCUGAUCAUCUAUGCCGAACCAGCCUCAACGGUCAACAUAGUUGACCUUUCACAGCUUAACGGCGCUCUACGCCAGGGGGACGAGAGUGCACUCGCCCUAAAAUCUUUCUUGGAAACUGGCACCACAAUCAAGGUUUUCUUCGACGCGCGGAACCCGGCAAGGACCCUGUUCAACCGCUGUGGCAUUAAACUAGCCAUCGAGACUUGCACUAAGCAAGCUUAUAUCCACGAAGUGCAAAUGAUGGAGGUAGCGUUGCGCCGGAGAGAUACGGAUCACGAAUGGCUUGCAGGAUUCGAUAAGUGUAUAAGGCGGGACUCUGGCCUUGGCGCCAAUAAGCUCAUGCCCAGUAGCUCGGAUAGGGACGUCGAAUUUGACAAGAGGAUCUUGCAUCUGCCAUUCCUAUGGAAGAAGUAUCACGAUCAGUUGGCCAAAGGCCGGGCUGGAAGCGGGAUGUUGUUCUGGGUCGCGAAGAUCCGCGAAGCAACGCAGAAGCGAUUGGAAGAAUCGCGCGGCGAGAAUCACGGUAGAUGCAAUGCCAACGGUGCGAGAAGCGGCUGGGACAAGGACAGCAUUGAGGAGUGGCGUGAUUCUUGGAAUGAAGACGUCCUGAUGGACGCAAACACUGGAGGCGAGUGGAUGGGUGGUGCGGAACAUUGGGCGAAAUUCCGUGUAUUGUGAUACCGAUCCCGGGAAAAAAUACGGCGAGCUUUUCAAGAACAAGAUAAUCGACUGCGCCAUCAGACUCGGGCCACCGUUCUUCUCUAAAAACUAGGCUAUUUCCCGGCUGGCUACUUCUCUCGCAGCACUCCAUGGGACCAUCAAUCCAUCCGAUAUUCGCCUCUCUACUACAACCCCGUCGCCAUCAGCAUCGAGACCAAGUCGCCCGACGG